UGUCAACUUCAAAAUUGACAUAGCAAUAUUGAUUCUUAAUUCGUUUUUGUACAUACAAUAAAUACAACAUAAGUAUUAGGAUUAGUUUUAAAUUUAACUAACAAUUAGGUAACUAAUCUAAGAAUAUUUAUUAUUAAGGACAGACCAUAACAUCGCCAAACCAAAUUAUUAUAAUGAAUCGUGAGGCCAAUAGAAUAAAUACUUUUACGAACUGGCCAACCUCAGCGCCAGUGGAACCAGCGAGGAUAGCUAAGGCGGGUUUUUUCUACACUGGUCAGGGGACCGAAGUUCAGUGUUUUAGUUGCGGGCGUAAAAUAUCUGAAUGGAAUUACGCAGACCAAGUGAUGUGGAGGCAUAGAACGUUAGAACCGAAUUGCGCGUUCGUAGUUAAUCCUGUUUUAUCAGGUAACGUACCGUUAGUGUUAGGUCGUGAGUGUUCUGUUCAAUCUAACCGACCAUCAGAAAUUGAGGAAGAGCAAUCCCAAGAUUACGGAUUGACCGAAGAGGACGAAAUGUAUAAGAGUGACUCACUGAGACUUUUGUCUUUUGUGAAUUGGUAUGAUUAUAAUGAUGAUUCUUCAGUGUCCCGUGAAGAAUUGGUGAGUGCCGGUUUUUAUCAUGCUGGUGAAGGUCGACUUCGUUGCGCUUGGUGCGGGGGGGAACUUGCUCAUUUUAGAAGAUUUGGGUCCCUUGAUCCUCCUCUCGAGGUACACAGAAGAUACUUUCCUCGUUGUUCCCAUGCAGCGGCCCUUGAAAUGGGUCGACGUAACAUGUCAGCAGUUUCGUCUCCGUUGUUCAGUCAGCCGCUUAUAACGCCCGUACAAUCACUGCCCCUGUCUAUUGCACCACAAACUUCGGGCGCCCAACACAACGCCCGUGUUAUGGAGGCGGGUGGAGAGUGGAGGUCUCUGGGGGUGGUGGGCGGAGGGGCCCGGCAUCCCACACGGGCCGCGCUCGCCGCCCGCCUCGCUACCUUCGAGCGCUGGCCCGCGGAUCGCGCUCAGGCCCCCAAGGCCUUGGCCGCUGCUGGCUUCUUUUACACUGGGAUUGAUGAUCAGGUUCGUUGUUUCUACUGUGACGGUGGGCUCGGUAAGUGGGAAAGCGGAGACGCGCCGUGGUCCGAGCACGCGCGCUGGUUCCCACACUGCGGGUACGUGCUGCUCGUCAAGGGGAGGGAGUUCGUGGACAGCUGCAGGAGGGAGAGACCUAGACCGUUACCACCUGUGAGGGGAACCCGCGACGCUAUCAACUACCCGAUAACAGAGAGUCAGAUAGAUGAAUGUAUGGAGAGUGGACCCGCUUUGGCUGCCUUGAGUGCUGGUUUAGAUGCGGCCAGGGUGAGACGAGCUGUGGUGAGAAGACUACAAGCAACAGGAACACCUUUCACGUCAUCAGAAGCUCUAAUAGAUGCUGUGUUGGACGGCCAGUUGAACGAGGAGGCCUGGCUGGUGUCACCUUCGUCCCUGGCAGCGAGGGACCUCCUGGCUGGCACUCUGAGAGGACUCGUGCCUACAUCCCGCCUGUUCCAUUCUAACGUGGAAGACGAUAGGUCAGACAGUCGGGCUUCACAGUCCGAUAGUCCUGUCGCGUCGCCCACACCGAGCGUCACCCCGCAAACUGAGACACAAACAGACGCACAGCCAGAGGUGCAACAGAAAAACACUAAUAAUAAUGAGCCAGAGGAAUCAAUGAAGCUCAGUCUCCAAGAAGAAAACAGACAGUUGAAGGAAGCUAGGAUGUGCAAAGUUUGUAUGGACAGUGAGGUAAGCGUGGUGUUCCUUCCAUGCGGCCACCUUGUGUCGUGUGCGGGUUGUGGCGCAGCCCUGGGGGCGUGUCCUCUCUGUAGGGCUCCAGUGAAGGCCCUAGUCAGAGCCUACCUUGCUUAGUACAAAUUCCCACCAUUCAAAUCUUCAAGUCGUCUGAACAAAGACCAAAUCAUUUAUUUAUGACAUCUGUCAGCUUAAUAGAGAUUUAAUUUGUAACUUAUAAUUAAAUCCGAUGUUAUAGCUGAAUGUAUUUAGUGAGGAUUUAAAUGACACACAUAUAUAUAUAUAUAUAUAUAUGUAUAUGUGUUUGUAUGUAUGUCACUGUAUAUGUCAUACAUAUAUGGAAAUUCUUUAGUGAGAUCAAUAAUCGUAGUGUUAAAAUUAAUUUCUUUGAACAGUUUUAGUUGUAAGUAGUAAUAUUACCAAUUCUGUAGUAUCUAGCAGCUAUAAAUAUUGUUCACGUUGCAAUAUAGAAUGGUCUAAAACUUAGUAUAGCAUAACAUAAAUAUUGUAAUAGCCGAAAAUCUGAAGUAAGCCAUUUGAUUAAUAAGUUAUAUGUCCAUUACAGAUAUAUGCUUGAAAAAGUCAUAUAAUUAUCUGCUUUUUUUGUCGUUUAAUGAUUUGAAAAAUUGAUAUAAACUAUUUACUUCAUAAUGCCGAAUACUUCAUAGCCGAAUUAUUAAAAUUUAUUUUAGCCAGUUGGUUAACUAUUUAAUGGAAUGGCUAAAGUAAGUUAAUCAAAGCCAGAUGUAUAUUCAAUGCUUUGUAGCUCCACUAUUUUUGUAAAUUUUAAUAGUAUUCUUUUGAAGGACACUUCAAAGUAAAUUUAUAUUAAAAUCAUGAUAUUAUAAAAAAAAAGUACUUACAUACAUAUAAUAAAAUUUGGCUUAAAAUGUUAAAUUUGACUAAUAAAUUAAUCUAAAGCAUAUAAUAUUUUAAUUAAAUAUAAAUAAAAUAUUAUUUAUCAAAUUGACAUCCAAAUUGAAUGAUUUGAAAUAUCAAAUUUGCAUGUGUUACGGUUAUUUAAGAAAUGAUCUGAGUUUGUUGGAAAAUGGUUUUAAAAUGUCUAUUGAUAUAUUAAAAAUUAAUGUUAAAUUAAUUAAUUAUCUAGGUUUGACCUAAAAAUGAUAUGACAUUGGAAUUUAUGAUUUAAGUUUGAAAUUAGAAUUAAUGUUUAAAAACUAAAAAGGUUUUAAUCGACAAGUAUUUCUUAAUAUGCAUGGGAGUUAAAUAAUGUUCUAAGAAGUUUGAUCGGACAUUCUGUUUAAUGUUUAAAUUUAUAAUGUUAUUUUUAAAGUGUAAAAUUAUUUUAUCACAUAUGAGUAAAAUAUGUUUUUCAAAGUGAAAAACGCAAAUAGCUAAAUAUAUUUCCAAUAAUAAUACCAUUAUCUUUACAUUUAAUAUAAAAAUAAAAAAUAUUAUUAAAAUUUAUUUUUAUGACAAACUUUAUUGUGCUAGUGAUGUAUCCAUGAAAUAGUAUGGGGACGGAACAUGAUUUCAGUACAUGUUAAAUCAUUGCAAGAGUUAAUGGCAACAUUGAUGAGAAAAAAACAUAAGUAAAUUUCUUGAACACCUAAAGGUGGAAUAUAACAAAAUUAUUAUUUAUUUAUAUAUGAAAAAAGAAUUAAAAUAUUAUCAUUAAGAUUAUUAUUAUCAGUGAGAUAAUAUAAAACAACGUGUAUAUUCAACCUUUUUAGUAUGUAACUGUAAUGUGAUUUUAGGUUAUGUAGUGAAUUGUCUUUAUUGUAAUAUUACAAGUUUGAAUUAAAUAUACGAAGUAAUAAAAUAUAA